UCUGUGUCCAGUGAACUUUAUGGAGGAAAUCCUCUCGAGCUGUUGUGUUUAUAAUCUCUGACAGCCUCGUGCGUGUUUCUCUCUCCGCGUGCGCUUUCAUUCCCGGAAACUUGGAAAUGGAGCAAACAGAGAGUGCCGCUCCGGCCCCCCCGCCGAGGAUGACGAGGCAGCAGAUCCUCACCUUGAUAUCAAUCGCAUCUGUAAACUUCAGCUCAAUGAUCUGCUACUCAAUAUUAGGCCCAUUCUUCCCCUACGAGGCGAUGAAGAAAGGAGCCAGUCAGACCGUCAUUGGACUCAUAUUCGGCUGCUACGCCGUCUGCAAUUUGAUUGGCUCAUUGAUAAUGGGGAAAUAUAUUGUUCACAUUGGUGCAAAGUUCAUGCUGGUUGCCGGACUUUUUGUGUCUGCAUGCUGCACCAUCCUGUUUGGGUUACUUGACCGUGCUCCUGCAGGAGCUCCUUUCAUUGCGCUGUGCUUUGUUGUGCGCUCUGUGGACGCUUUAGGCUUCGCCGCUGCCAUGACCUCCUCGUUUGCAUUGACAGCAAAAAUCUUCCCGAACAAUGUGGCGACUGUGUUGGGGAGUCUGGAGAUGUUCACUGGACUCGGUCUGAUCCUCGGCCCGCCGGUCGGCGGCUGGUUCUACGAUUCCUUCGGAUACGAAGUCCCGUUCAUGUUCCUGGGGAGUCUGCUGUUCGUCAUGGUCCCCUUCAACAUCUACGUCCUGCCCAACAUCGAAUCUGAACCCUCGAAGGAUUCUUACUUCCGACUCCUCACCAAAGUGAACAUCGUGCUGAUCUGCUUCGUCAUCUUCACUCUCAGCUCGGGGCUCGGCUUCCUGGACACGACGCUGUCGCUGUUCGCUAUAGAGAGGUUCAAGCUCUCGUCGGGCUACGUGGGGCUCAUCAUGCUCGGCCUGUCGCUGCCGUACUGCCUGUCCUCCCCGCUGCUGGGAUACUUCACUGAUAAAUACCCUGCCAGCCGCCGUUGGCUCAUGGUGGCGGGAGGGACGGCCACGGCCGUCAGCUUCUGCAUGCUCGGCCCCGUGCCCGUCCUGCACAUCCCCAGUCAGCUGUGGUUGCUGAUUCUCAUGCUCGGUGUAAUCGGGUUUUCUCUGGGGAUGACUACGAUCCCCACGUUCCCCGAGAUCAUCUCCUGUGCAUAUGAGCAGGGCUAUGAUGAGGGGCUCAGCACUCUCGGGAUGGUCUCUGGACUCUUCGGGGCGUUUUGGUCUUUGGGGAUGUUUUACGGGCCGAUAGUGGGGGGGCUGGUCACACAGCACCUGAGCUUUGAGUGGGCCGCGGCCGUCCAGGGAGGCACCGCGCUUCUGGCUGCCUUCCUGCUCGCUGUGUACUACCUGAGUCACCCCCCCCCACAGCCAAGAGUUGCAGAUGAAAACACGCGUCUCAUCGCUGAGUGACGGACACAGAACGACGUGCAAAAUGUUUUUAUUCUUAUUACUUCUAUUUUUUAAAUGUUUUUAAAUUAAACAGUUUUGGUGUUACA